ACAGCGUAAUCUUAAUCAAAUGUAAAUUGUAAAACUUUCUAACAACAAAAAAGCAAUUGAAAAAUCAAAUGUAGAAAAAAAUAUUAAACCAAGAUAACAUAAAUAGUAGUCCUAACUCCUAAAGUCCUAAUCCAAAACUUACUGUGUUUGGCAUCGUCGAGUAUCGAGUCUGAGUGGAAAAAAUAAAAUCCUCUCAAACUGUUUGCUGUUUGCAAUUUGUUUCCUAGCUUUAAAAACGAUCCAUCAUGAGUUUCAUGAGGAAUUCUGUUGAUGAGAAGUGGACAGCGCCAUCAGAUUCACCAUGUGCAAUAUGUCUAGGAAAGGUUGAAAACAAGUGCUUUGCCAAUAAUUGUCUUCAUGAGUUCUGCUACAGUUGUUUGUUUAGAUGGUCCAAGGAAAAAACUAAAUGCCCGCUAUGUAUGCAACCAUUCAGCUCAAUUAUCCACAACAUCAGAUCUAGCAAUGACUAUGAUGAACAAAUAAUCCAGUCAAUUGAUGAUAUUGUGCCAGCUGAUCCUUUUUUACAGCAGCUUUCACAGUUUCCUUUGUCUACCCAGGCAAACCUUCGGCAAACCCAAGAAUCUACACUCCAAACAAAUUCAGACUCGCGUCAUUCUGAUCGCAUUAGUGAGCUUCAGCAAGCUCUAUUGGAAGUGAUCAUUGAACAGCAAUAUGUCAAUAGCAUGUCUGAUUUUGUUACUAAUCUGUUGGAGGAAUAUGAAAUGAUGGGAUUUUGAGAGUGUAGAAGUAAUGAGAAGAGGAAGGUUUCUUUUACGCUUUCCAACGACGAAUUGUGUAAAUGAUUCACUGUUUAAUUAUCUUGUAAUAUCAAACGAAACAUGAUCUACUA